CUGUCUACCUUCUCCGUUAUGCCUAUGGUCCUCAAUUUCUGUGCAAUCACCCCGUGAUCGCAUUUGCCAAACACCUUUGCAGAAUCUACAUAUAUCACAUCUGUGUUUUGGUUUUGUUCCAACGCCUCCGUAAUUUUGUAAAUGAUUUAGCAGUUGGGACAGACAUGAUCUUCCGUAUCCAACAUUACCAAAUUUGUACUAACUUAAACAUAUUCAGUGUCAUUCAUUAACAAAUUUACACUGUUAUCAUCCUCUUGCGACUUUCGUUACCAUUUCAACCUCGUAUUACUUUUGAUCAUAAUCACUAAACAGGUACGUAUAGAUCUUCAAAGCAUGUUUCACUUUCCAUAAACCAUAGCCAUAAUUCAUUGAGUGCCGUAGACCGUAAAUGCCAGCAAAUAAAAGAGAAAUACCCCUCCCCCCUCCAACCAUGUAUUCUGGAAGAUAUACUGGGGGUUUCAGUCACGCACCCUGAGGGAAGACUGGCAUCCCUAAGUUGACGCUCUCAUGUUAAGUUGUCGACACAUUAGGGGAACCUAUAUUUUUAUAAUAAUAAUAAAAUAUAAUUAUAUAUAAUUAUAUAAUUAUAUAUAACUAUAUAGUAUAUUGAAAAUCGAAUAUUUAUUAUUUAGGGGCAAUACUAAACCCGUAGGGGUCAUAUAGCGCUUGGAGAAUAGGAGGUAAUCAGAUUCGGUCUAUGGAAUGAGAAGACAAGUUUAAUUUCUUGAAUUAAAAGCUCCUUCACGAGCAUAAAGGAAGCUCCCAUGAGAGUGAGGGGGGGGGAGAGCUCUUGUGGGGGGGCGGCACCUGCCACAUACUUCCAGACACCAACAUGUCUAGCGUUGCUGCAGCGUUUACCAAUGACUGUAACUGAAAUAAUGUGGUCUAGCUUAAAUUAAGAAUGAUAUGUGCUUGAAAUACAGUGUUACAGUAAUGUAGGGAAAGAUGAUGCGUUAAAGUGGGAGUUAUUAAGAUGGUGUUGUCAGGUGGGGUAUGGAUGCAAGAGGUGGCUGGAACAGGAAGAGUGUUACGCAUAGUAUCAACUCAUACCAACACUGAGUGUGUCGCUGUCAACACUGCACUCACUCCACUAACUGUUUUUUACAGGUUGUCAGAAUACUCAAUGCAAACUGAAUCUCAGAUUGCUUGAAACGUAGUGCAUUGAACGAAAGAUAUUACAGCUCAUUAUCGACACGUGCAGAAAGGACAGUAGUUUUUUAGUAAUUAUGCAAUCUGCGAGAGACAUUUUAACCUGGGAGUUUCUAAACUGUGGAUGAGAUUGUAAAUGAAUUGCAGCUCAUUAAUCUGGUCAGCGAGUCGUUUGUGUACAAUACGUUGAGGUGACAGAGUACGGGAGAAGAUGCAGUUGGAUCAGAUUCUGAGUGCAGCAGUAGCUGCUGUUAACGUGGAGGAGAUGCAAGUACCCUCCCCUGGAGUACCUCAACAUUCCCCAACAGCACCAGUAGCAGCACAAGACCAGACGCAACAAUACCACUCCGAUGCCUACAUGCCCAUUAAACUGGAGAUUCAAACUCUCGAUAAUAAUGUUGGGCCUGACCAACAGGAUGGAGACCCAGACAAAACGACCAUACAGCCUUAUAACGAGAAUCAGACAGAUGGCUAUGCAGACAUGUCCUUCUUCUCUCUGGACGAUGAUAACCUGGUCAUCACGUCACAGCAGGCUCUCGAGAUGUUCGAGACUCCUCCGGAGCCUAAUAGAGCACAGCACUACACUGGCACAUACGAGAUCAACACUCCUCCUCCAGUAGACCUGCCGCAGAUACACAUACAUGACGAAGUGGUCGCAGAUGUAAAAGUACCUCUUACUGGAGAAAUGCAUAUAUCUGAUCGGGAACUCUUACCUGAUCAGGAACCCUCAUGUGACCAGAAACCCUCGUGUGACCAGAUACCCUCAUGUGACCAGAUACCCUCAUGUGACCAGAUACCCUCAUGUGACCAGAUACCCUCAUGUGACCAGAUACCCUCAUGUGACCAGAUAUCCUUAUCUGAGCAGGUACUCUUAUCUGACCAGAUGCUUUCAUCUGAACGGGUACCCCUACUUGAAGAGGUGCCUUUGUCAGGAGAAGUGCCAGUGCCGUCAUCUGAAGUUGAGGUGCAGACCACCCCUGAGGCUCCUCAGUAUACAUCCUUGGCACCUGCCGCCACCCCGCCCUCUGUGUUGGCACCCAGUAUCUCGUUGGACACCCUUACAGUCGGUGCCCUGCAGGAUGCCCCAGGAACUACUCUAGAUGCCACAGUGGACGCCAACGGCCGCUUUGUGGUGCAGGUGGUAGCUCCCGGCAUGAAUAUGACUAUUCCCAACCAGUUCAUAGGGAAUGAGGAUGUGAUCGAGUCGACGCCAGUAUACCCAGCGGGAAACGCUGACGAGGUCACCCAAUCCCACUUAUCUACCACUUACCUCACACCAAACACCAGCCCUUCGUCUAACAACCUUCCAUCCGUUAACACGCAACACUUCCCUGAUUCCCAAUAUUACUUUGUUCCACUACAGAACAAAUCUGAGAACCAGUUAACUCAAACAGAAGAAAAUGUGUCAAGUGAAAUUGAAAUAAGACCCAUUUACGAAGUAGCACAAGACGAGCCGGAGUUCAACGCUAGUCACUCAGACGUGCUAAGUGCGUUAAGGGCAUCUAUCUUUCGCUCUAGAGCUAAGAAACGAAAUAAAAACAAUGAGUAUCAUGGGAACACAAAACGUGCACGAAUCCUUGACGAUAAACAGACGGGAGACCACUUGAGUCACAAUACGUAUAAAUAUGACACAUUUAAGGAAUUCAUUGCAGACGCCAGGGCUGAAAAUCCUGCUGCUCGUCGCUAUCAAGACGACAAUUUUAACUUGGGAAUGGGGCGAGUUCCUGCUGAUGGUGUGAUAGCAAGGAGACCUGAAGAACUCCCUACAUCGGUACUCCAACAUAAUAGCGACACCAAUUCUUCCUUGGCAGUGAUAUCUCCUGGACACGGUGGAACUGCGAAUACUAACGGCACCGACCCCCUCCAAGUGCAACUUGUUUAUCUUGUCUACCCAAUGGACGAUGUUGGAAAUCAAAGCCGAACAAUGCCAUCAGAACUCUCACACGGGCAUCCAAGGUUUUCCCAAGAUAUGUCCAAUUCCUCAGUUUCUACUCCAAGUGCUUCUCUCAAGAAUUUGGAAUGGCAGCAACGCAACCCUGAGGAUGAGGAGUACCAUAAUAAACAAAUCUGCAAGUGGACGUAUCAAGAUGUUGUUGACUUCAUGUUCACUGCUUGGGAUGAUCUCAAGUGUGAAAACCUUGAUAUUAAUUUUGCUGAAUUAAGUGGCUCAACAGGGCUAAAUCUUUUGCAGUUAGAUGAAAAUGGUUUUAAACAAUUUUCCAAAGGUUAUGGAGACCGAAUAUAUAGAUAUUUUUUGGACUACAGAGCAAAAGAAGAGAGAAGACAAUCACAAGAACAUAGCAACAAUGAAGAGGAACCCAGACCUGAGCCUCCCAAAAAGAGAGGACCUGGUCGGCCCCGCAAACCAGAAAAUGAAUUAAAGAAGAAGAAAAAGAAAACUGGCCGUUUGUGGGAGUUCAUACGAAACUUGCUUCUGGACCCAGCAACAUGCCCUUCAUUAGUUCGAUGGGAAAACCCCGAGGAAGGAAUGUUCAGAUUUGUGCAGGCAGAGAAAGUUGCACAAAAGUGGGGAGAUCGCAAACAAAAUAAAGAUAUGAACUACGAAAAGCUGAGCCGUGCCAUGAGGUAUUAUUAUAAAACUGAAAUAUUUGAAGCUGUCCUUGGAAGAAGAUUAGUUUACAAAUUUGGCAAAAAUGCCAAGAACUGGAGACCUUCUAACCCAAACUUCCCAGACCACCAGACUCCUUAAUGACAAAGAUCCUACUACCAUGGUGAGCUGUGUGUGUUCAUUUUAAUUGUUUGCAUCUAGUCCAGUUAUCACAAGAUUUGUUAAAUCAGCAAUUUAAAAUGGGUGUACAAUAGGGCCUCACUUAUACAGCAGGUUAGGUUCCAGGCUACUGCUGU